GCAGUAUCCCUCCUGUCAACCGACCUCAACAAUCAAUCAAACCAACACCUCAAACCCCCCUAUCAACCAAAAUGGCCAGCCUCUCCCGCGUAACCCGCAUCCGCAACCCAGCGCUCUUUAUCUGCGACCUCCAAGAAAAAUUCCGGCACGCCAUCCACGAAUUCCCCAAAGUAAUAACCACAACCACCAAACUCCUCCGAUCCACCGCCCCCCUCUCCAUCCCAAUCUACAUAACCACCCAAUCAACCAGCAAACUCGGCCCCACCGUCCCCGAACUCACCACCUUGCUCUCCACCCCCGCCAUCCAAAAAAACAUCGUCGCCAAUGUCGACAAAACCCUUUUUUCAAUGAUAACGCCCGAAAUCAAUUCCCUCCUCCCAAAUGCCAAGGACACACCGCUCGAUGUCCUCCUUGUGGGCAUCGAAACCCAUAUUUGCGUGACGCAGACGACGCUUGAUCUAUUGGCCAGAGGGCAUCGGGUGUAUGUGAUUGUGGAUGGCGUGAGUAGUGUGAAUCAGGAGGAGAGGGGGGUGGCGAUUGCGAGGUUGCGGGAUGCGGGGGCGAUCGUGACCACGAGUGAGAGUGUGUUGUUUGAGAUUUUGGGGGAUGCGAGGCAUGAGGGGUUUAGGGAGGUGAGUGGGUUGGUGAAGGAGAUGAAGGAUGAGACGAGGGGGGCGGUGGAGAGUUUGGCGAAGAUUUGAGUUAUUGGUUUUGGGUGGGUUUGAGCGGUUCUUUAGAGGGAGGAGACUACGUGUGGAUUGAGGUAUAGGAUAAUCAGUUAUUAUUGGACUAGUCUGGCGACCAAAGACACGCAGCAGCUACAAAAUCGCACGCCCUAAUAUGUUUCAUUUAGGGGGUCAGUCAUCCGGCACGUCCGGCGGGCUGCGUCGUGUUGAGCCA